CUUAACUGUCGACCAUGUCAUUCAAAGCGCUGUGUGUGACGCUCCUCGCGGUUCUCGCCGUCGUGUCGGCGGCGGGCCCCAAGAUUACGCACCAAGUGUUCUUUGAUAUUACGAUCGGUGGCCGCGAUGCCGGACGUAUCGUCAUGGGUUUGUACGGCAAGACCGUCCCGAAGACAGUCGAAAACUUUCGUGCAUUGUGCACUGGUGAAAAGGGCCUCGGGAAGACGGGCAAGGCUUUGUGGUACAAGGACAGCACGUUCCACCGCAUUAUCCCGGACUUUAUGAUUCAAGGCGGUGACUUCACCCACGGCACGGGCACUGGCGGCGAAUCCAUCUAUGGCGAAAAGUUCGAAGACGAAAACUUCAAGCUGAAGCACGAAGGCGCGGGCACGUUGUCCAUGGCGAACGCAGGCCCCAACACGAACGGUUCGCAAUUCUUCAUCUGCACUGUCAAGACCUCGUGGUUGGAUGGCCGUCAUGUUGUGUUUGGCCGUGUUGUCAGCGGGAUGGACGUGGUUAAAGCCGUCGAAAAAGUCGGCGCCGGGUCCGGUACUCCUUCGCAGAAGGUUGUCAUCAAGGCCUCUGGCGAAUUGGCUGCCGACGAGUUUGUUACGGUGGAGUAAAUAGCGUGCCGCAAAUGACACUGAAAAGUGAACAAGCAAUCCAUUCGAAACGUGUGAUCGUACAAUUCUUCAUCUGUUAGUCGAACGA